GCUCUGUUGUCCACCUCGGCCUAUUUUAGCCCAGCCAGUGUCCUCGGGCCUCACUCGCUCUCAUCCUCGAUCUCCCCAGGCCGACUUCUUUGUUCGUCCGAUCCCAUCCUGUCUUCUCCGACCCCCCAUCAUCGGUCUUGCACUCCUGUCGCCGCUAACAUGAUCACCCCCGCCGUUAAUCCACGAGACAAACAACCUGUGGGCUCUCCAGCCGUGGCCUUCACCCCUGCCAUCAAUCCCAUGUCCUCGACUCUCUCGCCGGCUUACACCCCAAACAUGGCCUCACGCCCAACCCCCAUGCUCGCCUACGAGCUCGAGCGCCUCAACUUCAACAGCCCGGCUCUGCCACCCACUGUGAACCUCGAGGAGACCUUUGAUCCGCGCGACCAGGCCAGCUCCACCAUGGCCGCUCUCGGUCUUCCCGGCUCGUUCAACUCCCAGUUCGUUGGGCAUCCAUCGGCCUUCAGCUCGAUGGCUGCGUUGGAGUCGCCGCUAUACCCCUUCGUGCAGAGCCCCGCUGUCGUGCAAGCGCCGCCCAUAGGCACUCCAUAUUCGACUAUGAAUGUCCCGUUUCCUCACUUCUCGCCGGCACUGCCGCCCGCCGAUCACUCGCUCCUCAACCCCUCGACCGACCUGCAAGCAUCGCUGCUCCACAGCCCCCAUAUCCUGCUCAGUCCCUCGGCCGGCACCUCGUAUUUGCAGCCGAGCCCAUAUCUGCAGCCAGCUGCAGCUGCGGCUGCGACCUUGUCGGCCCCAGAGACUCUGGCCUCGACCUUUACCCUGCCACAGGACCCGAGUUUUGCCCAGUCCAACUUUUUCGACGCCCUUGACGACCCGCUGCUCAUGCCAGGGCCAGCCCAAUUUGUCAGCCAGCCUCAGGACGACCUCGACUUGCAGGCCUUUCAACAGCAGCCACUGCAGCUCCAACAACCACAACAACAGCAGUUCCAGCAGCAGCAGCAGCAGCAGUUCCACAUUCAAGAGCAGCUCCACUUCCCACAGUCGCAAUUCUAUGGCGUCGGCACCCUCCAGUCGCUGCCUCAGAUCAUCGCCACCAUGCCCGACGAUGCCAAUUCUGCGAUCAUGUUCACUCCACGAAUCAGCGUGCUGUCACCGGACCUGUCUGCAAUCAGCCCGCACAUUUCGAUGAUGAACCAACAGCUCCCGCUCACUAUUACGUCGCAGACGCCGCUGAGUGUGCUGUCGCCUGCCCUGCUUUCCGUCAUCCAUACGCCGAUCCAGCCCUCUCCCAUCGACUCUGAAUGGUCGUAUGCGGGCUCCAGCGCCUCACCGUCCCUGCUGGUCUCUGAAGAGCUCGAUGCCGGCUUUGAUUCAACGGAGCUGGGUGAUGAGGAACUCGAUUCGCCUUUGCUUGAAGAUGGCGCUGCGUCUGCAACCACAACAAAGGCCAAGCGACACGCAUGCACCUAUCCCGGCUGUAACAAAUCCUUCACCAGGAUGAACAACCUGAAGAGCCACAUCGACGGUGCUCACGAACAUGUCCGCAAGUAUACGUGCCCUGGAUGCAACACAUCCUUUGUUCGCCAACAGGACAUGGCGCGACACCGGAAGCAAAACUGCCGGCAGCUCCGCCAGUCCAGCACGGUUGCUGCUGCUGCUGCCGGAGGAUCGUCGCCAAUAGCGCGCUAUGUGUGCGAGGACUGCGGCCGCAGGUUUUGUCGACAGGACGCUGUCCCACGCCACAAGAGAAAAAACUGCCCACGCCUCAAAGAACACCGUGCCGAUGCGCCGGCGCAGGACGACGAUCAGUCUAUCGACCAUCUGGUCAACCAUCCCACCGACUACCUCCAGCAGUAGUCACAUGCUGACUCGAUCGGUCGCUGCACUUGUCCUCUUUGGCUGUCACACACAUCAGUUUAUUUCAUAUAUGGUUACAUGGCUCGUUUCUUUCGGACU